UGGCACCACUAGGAUAUUGCUGGCAUUGUUAUCGCAGUUUUUGUGUGUUCUCGAGAGUAGAUUAUUUUUUGUGAGUUUAUUAUCAAGUAGAAAAUUUCGGAGAUUUUGAUUUUCAUUAAUAAAUUUUUAUUGUGUGUAAUUUGUUAAUUACCAAAAGAAAAAACCAAAACAUAAAUGCAGUUGCAAGCGUUUUGUUUAAAAUAUGUAUCGAACGGAAACGCGAGAACAAAAUGAUAUUUCGUUAAUCAUAGGGAAUUUACCCAAACGGCUUCAGGACAAAUUUAUAGCAAGCGGAAACCAACAAGGCAAUGAAACACACAAUAGCAAAACGAAGGUGGCGGAAAAUGUGUCCACACAUGUUGAGGAGGUCAGUUCGUCACGAGAUGCCACGGUGCCAAGAGACAGUUCGGGUGCUGAUAAGGAAAGUGGGAUUACCGCUAUAAAUUACUUUCUUUGCUUAUCUGGGGAUACGAAAGAGUCUUUAAACAGCGAGUCUGGGCCCGUUUUGGAAAACCGCGGGUUAACUUGCAUGGAAAAGCAUCGUCGCGCUGAUGAGAAAUAUGAAAAUUUGUUAUCGAUGCCUGGAGUAAUACGUUUGAAUACUGAUGAUUCAAAAACCUUAAGCGAGUCUCAUAACACAGGGAUUGAUUUCUGCAAUCAUUAUAUGCAUACAUUACAAUAUCAAAAACAUGAUAGUAACGCAUCGCCUGACAGGCAAACUGUACUAAGCGCACCCUCACCCUCAUGGAUUAAUUCGUUAAGUGAUGCAUACAAAAAGCCAAUUGCCGACUUGUAUGAGAGUAUGCUGAGAAUGAUAAUGCAUAAUCAAAUCCUUGAGAAUUGGCAGAAAUUCAAACAUAUUCGCACAGAAUUGCAGAACACGUUUAGAAAACUUUUAAUAGAUCACAUAAAAUUUUGCUGCGAACAUAAAGUGGAUUCAUUUUUCUGGAAAAUAUUGUUUUAUAACGUACGUGGAUAUCUAAAACAAGAGGCGACCGCCCGCUCAAAAAAAUACAUGAUAUCCCUAAUUGAAGACGGUUUAAAGUUUUAUAAAGACUUGUAUCAGCAUUUGGCAAAGAAACACCUCGCCAGAUUACAGGAGACGGAUAAUAGUCAUGAAACUUCACAUCGUUCACAUUAUAAGAACGUACUUAUUGCAAAAGUCACUGCGCAAAAAUUGCUCAUAUGUUUGGGAGAUUUAUGGCGUUAUAAAAUCAAGGAGCAUCAAGGACAAGAUUACUCUGAAGCAGCGAAAUGUUAUCAACAGGCUCAAUCCUUAAUACCAUCUAAUGGAAUUCCUUACAAUCAACUGGCUAUUGUGUCGAUAUAUUCCAGAAAAAAAUUAGAUGCUAUUUACUUCCAUAUGCGCAAUCUUAUGUCUAUGAACGCUACGCAAUCUGCCCGUGAAAGCCUUUUAAUUUUAUUCGAUGAAAUCCGCAAAAAGCACCAUGAGAGCGAAAUGAAAACAUCUCCUAUAAGGCAAAAAUAUCGUUGCAACGCUAAGUCGUCCAAAUUUAUGCGUAAGGAAGUGUGGAUUUACCCAGAUGGUAUGCGGUGCUUACACCGCACAGAUUGCACAGAUUGCAAUGGCAGCAACUAUAAACUUGCUGUCAGCGAGGAAAAACGUCUUAUGGAAAUGGAUCCAGAAGAGCUCUUACGACUGAUCGUGUCUUUGUAUUUGUAUGUCAUUGGUAAACUCUUCACGGGCGUUGGAAUGGAGCAGAUUCAAGAGAACCAGCGGAAGUUCAUAUUAGAACUAAGCGUUUUGUUAAUGAAUGAGAAAGCACAAUUACCCCGCUCUCAUUUUUUAAAAAUAGUCGCAUUAAAUAUUUUUGUUUUGGAAACUAAUAUGAAAAAAGAAACGCAGCGUUACCAUGCAUUUAAUUUUUGCAACCAAAUAUUCGGUGUGAUUUUACGCAAAGCUAACGGCUUUCUAAGCGACUUAAAGGAUAAUAGUGGAAAGUACGACGAUCAAAGCUUCUUCGAUUUGAACACGUUGCUACAAUUUCUGAGAAUCUAUACGAUUUGGCUUACGAUAAAUGUUAAUAUUUGGGAGCCUGUUAAAAGUAAAGAUCAAAUUACUUGCGAUUGCUGGCCAGAAUUAGAGCGACUGUUUAAUCUUAUUAAACAAGAAAAUUUAAAUUUGAGUUCAGAGGAAGAUAUCCUUUUAGAGGAGGAUUUAUUUUUGUCUGGAUUUACACCGAUAUCCAAUCUAAUGGCUAAAACCACACAUGACAUGGUUUGUUCCGAAGAGAGUUUACAAUAUAAAAGCAGAAUGUUGAAAAUCUUGGAUUUUGAACAAGUCUACGUUAAAAAUAAAAGCCGUGUACAAUUUUCGGAGGGACCGCAUUUUGUUGCAGAAGACUUAAAUUCAGACAUCAAAAGGGUCUUAGAUGACCUUCAAAGUACCAAAACGAUUAUUAGAACCAAACAAAUUGGCCAGUUUGAAGGACCCUCCAAGGAAAUAUCUAUAAAUAAUUUAAAUGAAAUUUCAAAUCGCAAAUCAUUGAAAUCAAGCGUGACCGACAAUGCGCUGGACAAUAAGAUAAGUCAUUUAACAAAAUUAAAGAAGGAAUUAGAAGCGCAAUCUAAUGCCAAACGUAUGUACCAUAAUAAAUUAAAUGAAAUUUUGAAGUUGGUGGACACAAAGGUAUACAUCGAAGUUCGGCCGAAAUGUUUGUUGCCUGACACAAACUGUUUUAUCGAUUGCUUAAAGGAUUUCGAGCGUAUUCUUCAGGAAUUCAAGUGCUACUCCUUAGUUAUUCCGCUUACAGUGAUCAAAGAAUUAGAUGGCCUAUCCAAAGGGGUAAAAUUAAAUCAUACUGGGAACUGGCAAAAGCAGCGUAUACACCAUUAUGAUGACGUUUCUACUCGCGCCAAAAAGUCCUUGGAAUUUAUUAAAUCAUCAAAAAAUUAUAUUAAAUGUGCCACUACAAAAGGAUCCAUUAUAAAUCCAUCGCUGUUCGCUUUAGUUGAGGAGGAAAAUAUAUCCAAUGAUGACAAAAUUUUAGCAACAGCCGUUGCUAUGUCCAAAACGAUGAGUUCCGAGACGAGUUCAGACGGUAGAUGCUUUAUACAAACCGAAUUGGUGCUGAUUACAACCGAUCGCAAUUUACGUGUUAAAGCUUUGUCGCGAAAUUUGGCUGUUAGCGAGUUACCAGAAUUCUUGCAGUGGGCUCAGAAUUGCAACUCUUAAAAUAUAGUAAAAAUUUCCAAUAAUAAAUAGACAAAUUUACAAACUGUUGGUUUUCGUUAGGUACCAGGCAAAACUUAGGCAACACAUAUAUAUGUGUAUUCUUCUAAAAUAUGU